UAUCUCCCCUUUUGGAAGACUCCAUUUCAUAGAGUCACAAAUAUGGCAAACAAGAAGAACAUAGAAAAAGCUCCAUAUAUUACGAAGAGUGAUGCUAAAGAUCCACUACUCCAACUUCGAAAAGUCGAUGAAGGUUCUUUCAAGAUUGUGGUCUUGAGCAGCUUCAUCAUUGUUACUGGAUCUUAUGCUUUUGGAACAUGUAUAGGAUUUACAGCACCUGUACAAGAAGCUAUAUUGAGAGAUCUUGACUUAUCUAUAGCACAGUUUUCGUUCUUUGGUUCUAUACUAAGUGUUGGAGCAACAAUUGGAGCAAUCACAAGUGGCCAUGUUAGCGAUUACUUUGGCCGAAAAAGGGCGAUGCGGAUCUCUUGCCUUAUUACUCUUAUAGGAUGGAGUGCAAUAUACUUCUCAAAGGGAUCGACUUCACUAGAUGUAGGAAGGUUACUCACUGGUUUGGGCAUUGGGGUCUUCUCCUAUGUGGUGCCAGUUUAUAUAUCUGAGAUUGCACCUACUAGCAUUCGAGGUGGGCUCAUUGCUCUAAACCAGUUGAUGAUUGUUCUUGGGAUAUCAUGCACCAUGCUGUUAGGAAUAGUUGCUACAUGGAGGCAACUUGCUCUUCAUGGCAUUUUACCUUGUGUUGUUAUGCUUUUCGGGCUUUUGAUAAUCCCAGAGUCUCCAAGAUGGCUUGCAAAAGUAGGGAAAAAGGAUGCUUGUGAAAAAUCUUUAAGACGACUUCGUGGAGAGGAUGCUGAUAUAUCACAUGAAGUUGCUGAAGUUCAAGAAAGUCUAGAAAUUGUGGAACAUCUUCCAAAAGUUGGGAUUCUAGAUUUGUUUCAAAGGAGAUAUAUACCUUCAUUGACUGUUACAGUUGGGCUUAUGGCAUUUCAACAAUGUGGAGGAGUGAAUGGUAUUGGAUUUUAUACGAGUGAAAUAUUUCUUGCAGCAGGGAACUCUUCAGCAAAGCUUGGACUUGCACUCUAUGCCUUCAUUCAGAUUCCAAUAAAUAUUAUGACAUCAAUUUUAAUAGAUAAAACAGGAAGGAAGCCUCUCAUAUUAUUUGCAACAUUAGGCACCACAUUGGCAUGCCUUCUAAUCGGAAUAUGCUUUUUACUUAAGGGCUAUGGAUUGCUACUAGAAUGGGUUCCAUCUCUUGUGGUACUUGGAGUAGUGUGUUUUAUAAGCUCAUUUUCAUCUGGUUACGGAGCAAUUCCUUGGGUCAUGAUGUCAGAGGUGGGUUGAAGCCCCUAAGUUCAUGGAGAUUUGACUCGACGACAUCAAACACAUAGUUCUUCGUGAAGGAGUGGUAGAGUCUAAUUAUAAGAUGCCUCAUGUAUAAAGUAUUCCAAAAGUUGAAAAGAUUGAAGUUGCAGUUGAAUAAACUCGAUCAAUUAGGCUUCUUUGAUGUUCAAGCACAGACAACAGAGAAUCUGAAUCACCUGCUUGCUGCUCAAGAGUUGCCUCAUCAACACCUGAAGAAACAUGCUCAUUCUGAUGCUGAAAGAGUAGCUGCCAGGGAGUAUAGAAGGGCUCCGGAUACCAACCUACGGUUAUGGAGGUAGAAGGCUAAGGAGAAAUGGAUUAAACUUGGCGAUGACAACACCUAGCUUUUUCAUCAGGCUAUACAGGGAAGAACCAAUAAUAAAGUUCUUGCCAUCUAGAAAGGACAAGUAACUUGGGUGAUUGAAACUUAACAUGUUCAUGAUACAUUUAGAAGCUUCUACUAGGGGCUGCUGGGAGAGAAGUUGGAUGGAAAAUGUGUUGUGACGACUAAAAUCAUUGACGAGGGAAAGGUGUUAGAUAAUCUAAUGGAUUGUUCUUUUACAACAAGAGAGCUCUUAUGUCUAUUUCCAAUAAGAAAAGUUCCUAGGUUCUAUGAGUAUAAUAGCUUGUUUUGGGAUAUUAUUAUGGAGAGUUUACAGCUGCUGUUUUGGUAUAUUUCCAUACAGCGAAGUUACUAAAGCCUGUGAAUGUUACUUCAACAACACUCAUACCUACAAUCAAAAAUCCUACACAUGUUAGUGUUUUCGGACCAAUAUAUCGCUGUUAUGUAAAAAAUUAUAGUUAGUCUUGUCUGAUGGUGUCACAAGUUUAGGGAGCUUUUGUCUCUAACUAAAGCAUAUUGCAUAAUAUUUUGUUAUGUCAAUGUUAGAUAAUGUAAAUUGAAAGAAUUAUAUUCCUUGAAUAAUAAUGAAUUACAAACUAAGUAUAUAUACUAGGAUUAUAGGCUCAGAUUACAAGCCAUGAUUUUAGGAAACUAACUAAGGAAAUUAACUAUUAACAUAAUUAAUUGAUUUACAUUAUCUAACACACCCCCGCAGUCGAAACGGGAGGAGGACGAACGCUGAGACUGUCCCUAAAAUCUUCAAAGAGAAUCAACGGAAGACCUUUAGUAUAAAUAUCUGCAAUUUGAUACCCAGAGGGAACAUGUAACACGCGAACUUCACCACGUGCUACCUUUUCAGGAACAAAGUGAAUAUCCAUUUCAACAUGUUUGGUACGUUGAUGUUGCACGGGAUUUCCAGACAGAUAUAUCGCAUUGACAUUAUCACAAUACACCAGUGUGGCCUUCUUGAUAGGACAAUAAUGAAGCUCAAGAAGUAAGUUCCGUAGCUAAAACGAUUCCGAAACUACAUUAGCCACCCCGUGUACUCUGACUUGGCGCUCGAACGAGAAAGAGUAGCCUGUCGUUUGGAAGAACAAGAGAGUAAAUUAUCACCCAAAAACACACAAUAUCCAGAAGUAAAGUGUCUCGUAUCUGGAUAACCACCCCAAUCAGCAUCAGUAUAUGAAAGAAGAGUGGAUAUGGAGGAUGGAUAAAGAUGAAGGCCAUGAUCCAGAGUCCCCUUAACAUAGCGAACGACACAUUUCAGAGCAUGCAUAUGUUCCUCCGCUGGUGCAUGAAUAAACAAAUUUGUUGCACUGCAUAUGAGAUAUCUGGGCGAGUGAAAGUCAAAUACUGCAAAGCACCAGCAAGACUCCAAGAAAGAAAAGGAUCGGGACUAGCAACUGCAGAGUGAGUACUGAACUUCGGUUUUGUAUCAACUGGAGUGGGAGAUGGCUUACACGCAGACAUGCCCGCACGCGCAAUAAUCUCCUCAGCGUACUUGCGCUGGGAUAAGAAAAUACCACCUGCAUGACGAGCAACAACAAUACCCAAGAAAUAAUGCAAAGGACCUAAAUCCUUCAUGGCAAACUCAGAGCCAAGCAGAGGCAUAAGAGAUUUCCGGAGGGCAGUACAGGAAGCAGUCAAGAUGAUAUCAUCAACGUAAAGUAGAAGAUAAGCUAUGUCAGUGCCUCUACGAUAAAUGAACAAGAAAUUAUCGGACUUGCUAUUAGUGAACCCAAUUCGAGAAACAAAGUCAGCAAACCGGUGAUACCAUGCCCUGAGUGCCUGUUUGAGUCCAUACAAUGAUUUCUUGAGCAAACAUACAUGAUUUGGAAACUGAGGAUCCCUGUAGCCCAAAGGCUGAUGCAUAUAAACUGUCGCAUUUAGUUGACCAUGUAAGAAAACAUUUUUCACAUCCAGUUGAUGCGGAUCCCACCCUUUGGACAAAGCCAGACUAAGAACUAUACGAAUAGUCACUGGCUUGACCACAGGACUAAAAGUCUCACCACAAUCGAUGCCCACCUGUUGAGUUAUACCAUCACCUACAAGGCGAGCCUUAUACCUCUCAAAAGAACCGUCAUCAUUAUCUUUAUGAGCAAAAAUCCACAUAGACCGAAUAAUAUUAGUAUCAGACAGACGGGGCACCAACUUCCACGUCUUAUUUUUAAUAAGAGCAUUAAAUUAAUCAUCCAUAGCCAUUUUCUAAUUUGGGUCAGGGACAGCAGACACAGGGUGUU